UGAAGCGUAGCUUUUGCCGCCGACGGACGUGUCUCGUUUUCAAAUUAAUACAAUAACAAAAUACUGUUAUAAAUUCGCGCAUAUACAUACAAACACACAUUCUCACGUAGUGAUCUCAUCGCAGAAUUCGCAACUACAAUGCAUUCGCUUGCCAUACUUGUAAGCGCGCUGCUGCUGCUGACAGUAGGCGCGCAUGCGCAGAUCAAAACCCACUAUCCUGCCGGCAUUAAAACGCACUAUCCUGCCGCACCGAACUCCGCCAACUUGCUGUACAAUGAACACAACUACACGGCGCAGUACAACCGCACCUUCACCGCAGCGGACACCUAUCAGGGUGGCAAUGCAGCCGUGGUGAGUGGCAAUGCUAGCGUUGUGAAUGGCUAUGCUGUCGAUGGCAAUGGUAAGGCGCAUUUGGCUGAUGGCAAUCACCUGGCCGCUGGUGAGGAAUACCACUACUAUGGCGCUGGCGGUAGUUACAGCAGUGGCGGUAGUUUUAGCAGUGGCGGCAGUGCUAGGCAACGCGUGCCGCAAUUUGUAGAUGCGGCCGCGGAGUUCGUCAACAAGACACGCUCUCAAAUGGCGUCUGGCAUUUGCUACACGGAAGUGCUAACCUCAACACUGGUACGUGAUAAAACGAUGAUACCAGCUGGUAACGGCACCAGUGCCGAUAAGAGCAAAAUCCAAAUAUGCUGCGAGGGCUAUGUGCGCAACCCACACGUCUACUCACGCUGCGAUCCAGUCUGCCUCGACGACUGCCCCAAUGGCAUUUGCACGGCGCCCAACACCUGCGUCUGCAUACCCGGUAACGUACGCAAUCACGAGGAAAAAUGCAUAUCCACCUGCCCCAUCGGCUGCGGCAAUGGUGUGUGCGAUGAGCAAAAUCAAUGCAAAUGCAAGACCGGCUACACACUGGAUGUGAAAACACAGAAAUUUUGUGUGCCUCAAUGUGACAAGCCCUGCGAUUAUGGCAAGUGUGUGGCGCCCAAUAAAUGCGAUUGCUUUGAUGGUUACCGUUUGACCGCUGGUGGUGUGUGUGAGCCGAAAUGCGACAAUUGCGAGAAUGGACGCUGCUCAGCGCCGGGCUUGUGCACUUGCGAUCAGGGUUACACGAAAGUGGAUGGCGUUUGUGAGCCUGUCUGCACGCUGGGCUGUGAGAAGGGACGCUGCGUUGGACCCGACGUCUGCGCAUGCACCAAAGGUUUCGAGUUGGAUCGCUCCGGCACCAAAUGCAUACCACAUUGCGAUCAACCCUGUCUGAAUGGCGUCUGCGAUGGAGCGAAUAGUUGUGCCUGCAACCCCGGCUAUAUAUCAGACGAGGUGCAGAAGAAUGUGUGUCAGCCACAUUGUCCGCAGGGCUGCCCCAAUGGUUACUGCACGGCACCAAACUUUUGCGUCUGUAAGCCAGGUUACCGCAAGUCUGGUAUUAAGGGCCGUCAAACCUGCAUAGCUGUCUAGUGAAAUUUGUUGAAUUCUUUAAAUUUUUCGAUUCUUGAGUAAUUUUUAUAAAAAGAAUGCAAAAUAUAUUUAUAUUAAUAAAAGUA